CCGACUUUUGUUUCGUGAACCGCCUCGAAUUUCUGCAGACCUGUCGCCGACGUUGACGCUUUUUAUUUUUCUCCCUAACGCAUUCCGUAGACGUCAGGUGCUCAGUGCCCAAGUCGUAUUUCUGCCUCUGUGCUACCAAGCAGCCCGCCAACCCGGUCCACCCCUCCGGCUGCUUUACGCUCAAGGUUCCUGUCAGUCAGGCCGUCGGAUCGCAUACCAUUGUGCGCCAGCUCGUCAUUCUAGCUCCGACUUUUCUCCCUAUCGUCCUUCCAUUCCGCAUUCCGACACUUUUGCAAACGCAAUUCAUCAAAUAUCGCAAGAAUUCCAGAGCUCCAGAGCCCACGCGCAUACCGAGAUCACCCAGUCCAGACCCGGCCUGCCGCCCUGUGUCUGGACCAUCACCAGCUCAGCUCAGCUCGGUUUCAGCUGACCUCUUGUUUGCUCGCCUUUGUCCAUACCAAACAUCCACGGAUAUUUUCUGUUACAACAGCGACCGGCGCGCUUGUACAUAUAUAGUUCUGUUGGAAGCGACAGCAGUGCCGGUGCAGUCACGCCAGCCUGGACACGAUGCAGUACGUCAGGAAUCUGAGCGACUCUGUCUCGACAGCAUGGAACUCGAUCAACCCGGCAACAUUGAGCGGAGCCAUCGACGUAAUAGUCGUUGAGCAGGAAGACGGAUCGCUACUCUGCUCACCUUUUCACGUGCGCUUCGGCAAGUUCUCGCUCUUGCGCCCAUACGAGAAGAAGGUCGAGUUCAAGGUCAAUGGGGUCAAGCAGCCGUAUUCGAUGAAGCUGGGCGAAGGAGGCGAGGCAUUCUUUGUAUUCGAGACCAGUGACACUAUUCCCAAGAGUCUCCAGACCUCUCCCCUCGUUUCUCCAGCCUCCAGUCCACCUUUGAGCCCGCAACAAACCACCGGACUCGGGGAGCCUGAAGCCCUCGAUCUUAACGAUCCAAAAGUGCGGUCAGCGAGCUUUAGCAGACCGCCGUUGACCGUGCUCCCGAAUCAAAGAGAUGGCCUCAUCACACCAAGAUCAGCUUCUCCAGAGUUCGGAAAGGCCGGAACCUCUAUUGGCGACUGGUCCCCACCGCGUCCUCAUAGCGAUGACGUCCUGCGGAUGACGGCUAGGAGGGCACCCAGUGAGGACUCGGACGACCCCGAAAACCCCAAGUACUCGGACCGUUCACACAGCCCACCGCCUCUCUCGGCAUCCGAGGCUUUGCAGAGAGCCAUGAAUCUCUCCAGGGAGCUUGCCGCAGUGAAUAUUCAGACACAUAUCACCGAAACAGGAGAUCUUAUGCUGGAUAUGAGCAACUUCAAAAACAACGAGGAAGAUGCGAUCAAGACGGAGAUUCUGGCUCGCAAGGUUCUCUCGGAGGAGCUCGACGGCUACUACGAUAUCGGCGCUCUGUUUGGUGUGGAUGAGCGCGGAAAUCUCUGGAUCUACAGCAGCGAGGAAGCCAAGGCUGCCGCCAUGAAGAAAGCCAUGGAAUCGAGCCUGCGCAACGACAACGGCAUCGUCAUGGACGCAGCUUCUGAUCCCGGCUACCAGAGCGACAGCAGUGAUGUGACAGCUUCACCUAGCGUACCAAGCCACAGACGUGCCGAUUCAGACCUCGGCCAGAUGUCUAUCCAGACACCACCCAGCUCUCCCGGCUCCUCAACCGCCGGUGAUCCGAACCGUAACUACGCCAAGACCUUGCGGUUGACCAGUGACCAGCUCAAGGCCUUGAACCUGAAACCGGGCGAGAACUCGAUGAGCUUCACCGUGAACCGCGCGACCUGCUCGGCCUACAUGUACCUCUGGAAGUACGAGGUGCCAGUCGUCAUCUCCGACAUUGACGGCACCAUCACCAAGUCAGAUGCCUUGGGCCACGUGCUGAACAUGAUCGGCCGUGACUGGACUCACGCCGGUGUGGCCAAGCUAUACACCGACAUCGUCGCCAAUGGGUACAACAUUAUGUACCUGACGAGUCGCUCCGUCGGACAAGCCGACACCACCAGGGCAUACCUAGCCGGUAUUGUCCAAGACGGCUACAAGCUUCCACGAGGCCCAACAAUUCUGUCUCCAGAUAGGACAAUGGCCGCCCUCCGUCGCGAGAUUUACCUCCGAAAGCCACACAUCUUUAAGAUGUCCACCCUGCGUGAUAUUCGCUCCCUCUACGGCCCCGACCGCAAACCCUUCUACGCCGGCUUCGGGAACCGUUUCACAGACCAAAUCUCUUACCGCACAGUCGACGUCCCGAGAACAAGGAUUUUCACCAUCAACUCCAACGCGGAGGUUUCGCUCGAUCUGCUCAGUCUUAACAAGAUGAAGCUUAGCUAUGUCAACAUGACCGAGGUGGUAGACCACUACUUUCCCCCUGUCAGCACGCUUGUUAAGGGCGGUGGGGAGGAAUACACUGAUUUUACGUACUGGAGGGACACCCCGCUUGAACUGGACGAGUUCUCGGCUAGUGAUACCGAGGGUGAGGGCGAGGAAGAGGAAGAAGAAGAAGAGGAGGAGAUGGAUGAUGAGAAUGAGGAGUACGAAGAUGAGGAUGAGGAUGAGAUUGGGGAGGGGAUGGGGGAUAGUUACAUGUCGAGGGAUUCAUACGGGGAUGACCUGGGGGAGAGUUAUGACGAGGACAGGAUGAUGAGGAGUGCGCUUGAGGAGAGGGGGCAGGAGGGGGAUGAUGAGGAGGAUUUGGAGGAGGAGUUUGAGGAGGCGGUGGAUGAGGAGGUUGAUAGGGCGGGUGGUGAGGAGGAGAUGCCGAUGGAUGAGAGCACAAAGGAGAAGAAGAGGAUUUUGGAGGAUGUGGAGAGGAAGCUUGAGGAGGAGAAGAGGGAGAAGGAAAGGGGGAAGGACACGGUUGUGCCGGAUACUAAUGCGGAGAUUAUCACUGGAAUUAAGGAUUUGAAGGUUGGUGCUGAGGUUGCGGAGAAGAAGGAGUGAUGAGGGAGGGUUGUGUUUCAACAAACAACAGUGGUUUUGGGAGAGCAUAUAGAGGAAGGAUUCAAGGGGGGAUUCUUGGUGUGAUAGACAGACUUGUUUGUUUGGGGGUUUGGGAAGAGAUGGGGAUUUGUUGCAUAGCGCGGCGUUUUUUU